UUCAUUUUAAUUCUUUACCAUGUAAUUUCUUUCAUAACUACGUUUGCUAAAUUUAUUAUUUCAAAGAAAUACAUAGUACAUGUUCUAUCGGAACGAGCCAAUGAUAUUUGUUUGCGGAGACGUAGAAAAUAUAGUCAUCAUAUACGUCAAUGACUUAAGGUCAACUGAAAUUCAUUAUUGAUGAAGUUUCAUUAAAUUUUUUGGAAGAAUAACAAUGGUGCUCGACAAAUUAAAUUUUUCUCUAUUAAAACUUAUCGAACCAUACAGAAGAUGGAUUAUAGAAAAUCCAAAGUUACUGGCCGACUUGGAAGAAACGGUUCAAUGUUUAUCUUACUUCACAGCUGGACGCUUCAAUAAUUCCACAUUGACAUCAGAACUUAUUUACUCUCUAUCGAAUCUAAUAGUACUUUUUAAUGAUUUGUUAAUGUGCAGUGGGAAGCAUUUACAUUUAAAGUUUCCUCAGUUUAAGUCAAAAAUUAAAAUUUGGCUGACGGUUGUGGAAUAUACAGAAACAUUGUUUGAGAUCUCUGUUAAAAAGCAAUGGGGGAAUACUGGUAGAUGGUUCAUAAUUAUUGUAAUUCAAGUAUUCAAGGCUGUGUUAAGACUUUUGUUAAUACAUGUGUACAAAGAAAAGAUAGUAAAAAGUCCUCCACUGAAACCACUUAAUAGAGAUAAGUUAAAUGAGUCCGAUGAGGUGAAAAUAAAAGAAGGAUUUACAUUGAAACGAUCUGGCACUGUUAUUAGAAGCGUAAGAGGUACAAAUUCUGUGCACAAGCGCACAUGGGAACCUUUGUCUUCUAAUAUCAAUGAUAAUGAUAAUUUAAACUCUUCCGUUAAAUUGGAAAGAAAUAUUGCUUUAGCAGAGAGUUUGUAUAUUAUGAAACCACUAUUCCAUUUGGGCUGUAUAUCUGUAACUGGUGAGAAACAAUGGCCACCGUGGUUAUUAUCGUUAGUCAUUGAUUUGCUUAGUUUACACAUAUUUAAUAAGGAAGUAAAGAAAGCUGUAUUUAGCAAAGAAGAUGAACGAGAACUAUACAGACGGAGAUUAGCCUUACUGCUUUAUAUUUUAAGAUCUCCAUUUUACGAUAACUGUAGUCGACUUAGAAUAUAUGCUUUUCUUACUGCAUUGUCCAAAAAUGUGCCUUUUGCCAGGUUCAUAGCAGAACCAAUAAAAAGAUAUCUUCCACAUUGGCAGAGCACAUACUUUUAUGUGUGGUCCAACUAAUUCACAAAGUUAUUAUUUAUUGGAAAGGCUCAGGAAUGGUAAUAGGAAAUGUUAUAUGAAGGAUAAUAAGAAAUGUAAAGAGAAAAAGGUAAUAAUUUAACUUGAAGGACUGAUUCAUUAUUAUGAGUGAUAUAGAUAUCAAAAUUAAGAAAUUUUUGUUUAUGAAAAUGAGGGUGCAGGUGAAGUAAAAUAUGUUUUACAAUUUAAUGUAGCAUUUAUGGAUUUAUAAAUUCCUAUAUUUUAAUCAUUGGAAAAGUUACAAAUAUUACCUUAACUUGGUAACAGAAACAACAAAAAAUCAUGGGGGAAUAUUUGUAGCAUUUUGUAUUUACUACUUAAAACUGUAUGUUAGUUUAGGUUUGAACAUCCGCUUACAUUUCUCAGCAUAAAAAGUUAUGAAUAUACGUGUUCACCUUUGAUACUACCAUAUUUUUAUAAAGAAUAUAAUUUAUAUAGAAUUUUGUUACCGAAAUGAAAACUACUUGAUUCUAUCUUUUUUUUAAAUAUACAGAUUGCUUAGACGAUUCUUAUAUGUACAAUAAACAUAGAAAUAAAGGAUCAAUAAAUACGGGAAACAUUGAA